UUCAACUGUAUUUACAGUCCACUGGCUCUGCAGACACACACACCAUACACCUAGAUACACACGCAGAGUCAUUUGUAAGGCUAGAAAAGAUGCCGUGUGUCAGCUCCUACACGGGCCAGAUGGGGAAGAUGCCUUGUAGCCUCAGCUCUGUGCUAGAGACUGCCCUCAUGGUGGAGCAGAUCCUGUCAGAGUUCAGGCUGAAGAAGGAACAGUUGAAGGAGGUGAUGAAGAGGAUGAUGAGGGAGAUGGACCGGGGACUGCGUGUAGAGACGCACCAGGAGUCCAGCGUCAAAAUGCUGCCCACCUACGUCUACUCCACUCCUGAGGGAUCAGAGGUGGGGGAUUUCCUGGCCCUGGACCUGGGGGGGACUAACUUCCGUGUGAUGUUGGUGAAGGUGGGGGAGGAUGAGGAGAGGGGGUGGAAGGUGGAGACCAAAUACCAGAUGUACUCCAUCCCUGAAGACGCAAUGACAGGCACGGCUGAGAUGCUCUUUGACUACAUUGCAGAGUGUAUAUCAGACUUCCUGGACAGACAUCACAUCAAACACAGGAAGCUUCCUCUGGGUUUCACCUUCUCCUUCCCCGUACGACAUGAGGACAUAGACAAGGGCAUCCUACUGAACUGGACCAAAGGGUUCAAGGCGUCUGGAGCCGAGGGUAACAACGUGGUGGGACUACUGAGAGAUGCCAUCAAGAGGAGAGGGGACUUUGAGAUGGACGUCGUUGCCAUGGUGAACGAUACAGUUGCCACCAUGAUAUCCUGUUACUAUGAGGACCGAAGCUGCGAAGUGGGAUGAUUCAUUGUCCUGUCCCCAGGUACUGGGUGUAGCGGCUACAUGGAGGAGAUGCGGACAGUGGAGCUGGUGGAGGGAGAAGAGGGGAGGAUGUGUGUGAACACAGAGUGGGGGGCCUUCGGUGCCAACGGAGAGCUGGAGGAAUUCAGACUGGAGUACGACAGGGUGGUGGAUGAGACAUCACUCAACCCUGGACAACAACUCUAUGAGAAGUUGAUCAGUGGGAAGUACAUGGGAGAGCUGGUGAGGCUGGUAUUGUUGAAGCUGGUGAAUGAAGAGCUGCUGUUUAACGGGGAAGCCUCUGACCUGCUGAAGACUCGCGGUAGCUUGGAGACGCGCUACGUCUCCCAGAUAGAGAGUGACUCUGGUGACAGGAAGCAGAUCUACAACAUCCUGUCCACGCUGGGCGUGUUGCCCUCGGAGAUGGACUGUGACAUAGUGCGUCUGGCGUGUGAGAGCGUGUCCACGCGGGCAGCACACAUGUGUGGAGCGGGGUUAGCCGCCGUAAUCAAUCGCAUGAGAGAACGCCGCAGCCAGGAGGUGCUGAAGAUCACCGUGGGCAUCGAUGGCUCCGUCUACAAACUCCACCCCUGUUUCCAAGACAGGUUCCACAAAGUUGUACGUGAGCUGACGCCUCACUGUGACAUCACCUUCAUCCAAUCAGAGGAAGGGAGUGGACGGGGGGCAGCACUUAUCUCUGCAGUAGCCUGUAAGAUGGCAGCGUGCAUGCUGACACAGUGAGAGGGUCGUAACAGCCUCCCACCUAUAGGGGGUGAUGCAGGUGAACCAGGCUGAACUGAACCCCUACAGUAAAUGACUCCUCUGGAGAAUCUCAAUUGGUUUUGCUCAACUCGCAUCC